AAAAAAAGGAAAAAAAAAGCGGCAGGCAGUAGAGCAUACAAGUUGUGGUUCAGAGCCUGGUCUCUACAUCUUUCUAACUAUGUGAACUUGAAUAAGAUACUUCAGCUCCCUGAACUUGUUUCCUCAUUGGAAAAUGAAGAAUAGUGCCUACGUCACAGGAUAUCAGGUGGAUUAAUUAGGCAAGGAAAGUAAAGUGUGAAGCUUGGUGCAGACACCUAUAAAAUAUUCAGUAAAAGUUAUUUCUAGUGGUAAUAAAAACAUUUUUUCCUGAAUCACAAGAUUUACUCUAUGACCUACUUACUCAAUUACCAAUCUUUAUUUGAUGCAACUCCACAAAAAUAAAUUGAGAUGUUCCUUCACUUACAGGAAUGAACCACCUAGUCUAAAAUUCAGCAUACUAAAAGGGCAAAUUUUAGUUGAAUGCGCCCUCUAGUGGUGCAUGUUAUGUGCAAGUACCAGGCACCUACAUAAGAUAAAACCUAAGGUGAAAGUCUCCAAGGUUGGUAAUUAGAAUCUGAAGCCAGCUGGUUAAGAUCAUUGUUAUGAGAAACACUAUCAUAUAUCUCGUUUAGCUCAUUAUUUUCAAGAGCUAGAGGACUGUUUUGUCUUUUAAGACUUUCUAGAAUAUUCACGAAAUUUUCUAUGCUAAAUCCUAUUAUUCCUGWGGUACUGACUUUAAUCUUUCCUCUUAACUGGGACACUUUCUAGUUUUCUCUAAUGUUGCAAAGUAACUAUUCAGUUAAAAAAUACAUUCGGUUAAAAAAUACAGUAAGAAACCAAGCACCAACUAUGUACCAGGUAAUGGGGAUACAGUAAACAACUUAUUACACAAUUCAUUAUGCAAUUUCAAAAUUUGAAAAGUGCCAUCAGGAAGUUUAGACURCCAUGAGUACACAACAGGGAAUCGGUUUAGUAUAGGAAGAGACUGCAAGGUGAGGCAAGUGAAGUAGGCAGCUAAGGAGUUUGAACUUCAUUCUAAGAACAAUGAAAAAGGAUGGAAGGGUUUAAAGUACAUUGCAUGUAUCUGAUUUGGCAAUCUGAUUUACACUUUCAAAGUUUCACUUCAAAAAGGCAGAGAAAGUGAAUUUGACGGAGAACCAAUGCCCAGACCAGAAGCACUGCUGGUGGUGAGACAAGAAGAAAGCUGGAACACGGGAGACGUUUGUUAUUUUUCGAAGUCCAGUUCAAGACACCUUCUCAAGGAACUUUUGGGCAUCUCCUUCCCCACUCCAGUGUUUUCCCACUAAGSUGUAAAUUCACAGAUAUGAAGAUUGUGCACUCUUCAUAUCUGGGUCAUCGGAGUCCAGAGCAGCACCCUUCAAACACCAGGAAAUCCACAAUCUUAUUCUCAUUUACGCGUUCAGAAUCUGAAAAGCCCACAACGCCGCCUCUCCCUACAGACGGGAGAUGGCUCGCCGGAAGUGACGCUCUAUCAAGACAUACGUGAUUCCGGUCUCUAUAUCCCAGCUGCCAUAGGGGGGCCGGGUUUCUCUGGCUUGCUAACUCGGCUGCUCUGGAGGAUUCACGCGAGGACUGAUAAGGUACCUCUGAUGCAACAUGACCAGGUGGGCACGAGUUACUACCACACAUAAUAAGAGACCCUUGCCUGCAACAUCAUGGGAGGACAUGAAGAAGGGGUCCUUGGAGGGAACAAGCCAAAAUCUACCAAAUHGUAAACAACCUGAAGCCAAUAGACUGUCCCUUAAAAAUGUUGCACCCCAAGCAAAACAUAAAAAGAACAAAAAGAAGAAAGAGUACUUAAAUGAAGAUGUGAAUGGUUUCAUGGAAUACCUAAAACAGAACUCACAGAUGGUUCACAAUGGGGAGAUGAUAGCAAUGGACAGCCAGGAAGUAAGGGAAGAAAUUGCAGUUGCUUUAAAGAAAGACAGUCGACGGGAAGGAAGACGWUUAAAAAGACAAGCAGCWAAGAAAAAUGCAAUGAAACUGGUGAUUCUUACAGGUGAAUUUCCUUUUGCAAAAUGUUUUGUUUGUGGGGAAAUGGGGCAUCUGUCCCGUUCAUGUCCUGAUAAUCCCAAAGGACUCUAUGCUGAUGGUGGUGGUUGCAAACUUUGUGGUUCUGUGGARCACUUUAAGAAAGAUUGCCCUGAAAGUCAGAAUUCAGAUCGAAUGGUCACAGUUGGUCGCUGGGCAAAAGGGAUGAGUGCAGACUAUGAAGAAAUUUUGGAUAUGCCAAAACCAAAGAAAUCCAAAACAAAAAUACCUAAAGUUGUCAAUUUUUAAUAACGUUCAGUACCGUUGUUAAUUACUAUCACAUUGUUACUUUCCAAACUGGGCGUGCUUUACAAGUUAGGCUUCCUUAACCCCAAGAACAGUUUACUUCAUUCUGUCCAUCAAUGAGUACUUCUACCGCUGUUUGGAGAAAGUCACUGAAGAAAAGCACAAGAUGAUUAAAUUGGAUUCUCUGAAAGAACUUGUUUUUAAAGGAGAAAACUUAGACAAAAUUAAGUUAUAUAGUUGAUUUUAUAUCUAUGUAUGUGUAUGUAUAAUAUAUACAUAUAUAUAAAACAAAAGCAUACUGCUUUGCAUUUGUGAAUGAAUUUUUGGUCAUAUUGUUUUCUUGGUGUAAAAUAUCAAUUUAUUAGUAUACUAGAAAUUUUUAAAUUGCCRUAAAGUCUGUAUUUUUAAAAUAUUGAAUAAAAAURCACUURUUGUUCCCUGAAUAUCUGAUUCUGUAUUGAACUAGUCAUUGUUCAUUAAUAUCCAUAUAACAAUCCCUUUGAAAUUAAAAUAUUUUAUGAAUCCUGCAUGGGGAUAAGCAGGGAUUUGGUUUUUGUUUCAGUUUUGACAUAGUUAAGGAUUAUUAAUGUUGGGGCCGGGGUUGUGGCUCAGUGGUAGAGCACUUGCCUAGCAUGCAUG